CAUCAACAAUUAUCACUUUUCAAACAUCUCCAAUGCCAUUUUCAUACACCACUUUGGUGAUGAUCUCACAAGAAAACAAAUAAAUUGAAUACUUCACUAGACAAAACAUAACGCUCCUCAUUCCACACAAAAACCAACCAACCUAUUCAUAGUUCUGAACUAUGGCAGCCAUAAUGUUGCUUCUCAUUUUCUCAUUUCUUACCUCAAUUUCGGAGCCAUGUCACGUGGUGGACAAAGAAGCAUUACUAGAAUUCAAGAGCAGGAUCAUCUCUGACCCUUCAAAACUGCUAGAUUCCUGGACACCUUCGUCUGACUGCUGCCACAGUUGGGAAGGCAUCGCAUGUGGUUCCACUGGCAGGGUCAUCAACCUUACUAGAAUCGGCGUCGUGUUCGACGUCGAUGAAAUCCCUCUCGAAACCUACAUGUCAGGAACCUUGUCACCUUAUCUUGGAAACUUGUCUGCUUUGCAAGUUUUGGACCUUAGCAAUCUGAAGCAGUUGCAUGGUCCAAUACCAUCACAACUCGCCAAGCUAUCCCACUUGACUAAACUUUUUCUCUAUUCAAACCAGCUCUCAGGUGGGGUACCCGCGUCUUUCGAAAACCUUUCACGGCUUCAGAGUUUGUACCUCGAUAACAACCAAUUGUUUGGUAAUGUUCCUUUUUCUGUCUUUGCCUCCUUCAAGUCUCUUUUACAACUUGGUCUAUCCGGGAACAGGCUUUCUGGGGCGAUUCCUUCUUCCGUUGGAAGAAUGGUAUUUCUCACUAGGCUUCACCUUCAUCAAAACAAUUUUCAUGGAAGCAUUCCUUCUAGCAUUGGAAAUCUUGUAAACCUCAAGGACUUGGAUUUCUCUUAUAAUCAGAUUAGUGGAAGAAUCCCAGAGUCAAUCGGGAGACUUUCACAAUUGGUUUUUCUGGACCUCAUGCAUAAUAAUCUCUCAGGAAACCUCCCUUUUUCUAUUGGGGAUUUAAGUUCUCUCAAGUUUUGCAGUUUAGCAGCGAACAAGCUAACAGGCGUUUUGCCUUAUUCCAUUGGAAAACUCGGCAAUGUGCGUAGGGUAAUCCUUGAGAACAAUAAACUCACUGGGAUGUUACCUUCCACCAUUGGCGAUCUAGCUAGUUUAACUGAUUUAUUUCUCGCAAACAAUGAAUUCAGUGGCAAAAUUCCACCUUCCUUUGGCAAUUUAGUCAACCUGCAAACACUGGAUUUCUCAAGAAACCAAUUUUCUGGUCUACUUCCCUCUCAACUUGCUAAACUACAGAGUUUGCAAACUUUAGACUUGUCAUUCAAACCAUUAGGACUAGCCAAAGUACCCAAGUGGAUAUCCAAGUUAAGAGUUUUUCAGUUGAAACUGGCCCAGACAGGGAUCAAUGGUCAACUUCCAAAGUGGCUUGCAUAUUCAUCAGUGACAACCCUUGAUUUGUCAAGCAAUGCAUUGACGGGGAAAUUGCCAUGGUGGAUUGGAAACAUGACUCGCCUUUCCUUCCUGAACCUGUCAAACAACCAGUUCCACUCGUCAAUCCCAGUGGCAUUCAUGGGCCUUUCAUCUCUAAUGGACCUUGACCUCCAUUCCAAUAAGCUCACAGGAUCCCUGAGAGCGGUGUUUGAGAAAGAGGUUCAAUUUUCGCUAGGCCAUUUCAACUCCGUCGACCUAUCUAACAACAAGUUUUGCGGUCCCAUUGACGACAACAUUGGACAAAAGGCCUCAAUGAGUUCAAUCAAAUCUCUUGCAUUGUCACACAACCCGUUGGGAGGAUCUAUUCCAAAGUCAAUUGGGAAACUGAGAGAAUUGGAGAUUCUGGACCUUGAAGACAGUGGACUCUCAGGGAAUAUACCUGAAGAGCUUGGUGAUGCCGAAACGUUAACAAAGAUUAAUAUUUCAAAGAACAAAUUAAGUGGCAACAUACCAGAGAAGGUCCUAAAUUUGAAGAAACUUGAAGAGUUCGAUGUGUCAAGAAACAGACUCAGAGGGAGGAUCCCUCCACAUAAGGCCAUGUUUCCUAUUUCAGCUUUUGUGGGUAAUCGUGGAUUGUGUGGACCACCUCUUCCUCCUUGUAAACUUCGUUAUAGAUAAGCACGCUAUCGGACAGAUUAUUUUAAGCAUAUAAUUAGAGAUUUUGAUUCCCAUGUUCAUGUGUACGAGGAAAUAAAUAGUAAAUUUAUUAUGUUAAUCUAGCUGAGAAUUAGAUCGACGAGAGGUACAAUACAAUUAGGAGAGCUGCAACUUAAUCCAUAGCUCACCGGAAGCUCUAGCUCAUUCCU